CUUUUUUUCUUUUUGCUCCCAUGGUGCACUUGUGUCUCGGUAUACCUGGUGGUAAACGACCACGCAAUCUCAUCCAGAUUGUCAAACAAGCGGUCGGACGUGUUAGGAGUCAAAUUGCGUUGUGGGCUGUUUCUUUCCAGGCUUCCCGAUUCCGACUCCGUUAAACUGUCCAGAAAUUACACACAAUCUUCAAGCGCCUUUUUACUGUGGUGUGACACACAGCCACUCCUUUAAAUCCUGUCAUGCUAGACAUUACACCCAUGGACCCUCAGGUGUACCCACCCUCACUUAGUACCAACCAGUCAUUGAUAUCAGUCCUUGAGAAAUCCCCAGCUAGCGCAUAUAAACCUGGCCACUCCAGGAGCAGCAGCACUGGCUCCUCCAAACAUUCAAAGCAGUCUCGUAACUGGGAAGUGAUGGAGGACUUGCAAAAUCUGGAACAGAAUUCUAUUCCAGGCUCCUCCCUUGAUUUAAGUAUUCCUGGAAUUUGUGAGGGCUUUUUGAUGAAGCGGAGGAAGUACCCACUAAAGGGCUGGCACAAGAGAUUCUUCAUGUUAGAGAAGGGAAUGCUAAAGUAUUCGAAGACACAGCAAGAUAUUCAAAGAGGAAAACUUCAUGGCUCGAUGGAUGUUAGCCUGGCUGUUAUGUCUGUUAAUAAAAAGUCUAAACGUAUAGACUUAGAUGCUGGAGACAAUCUUUAUCACCUGAUGGCCAAGAGCCAUGAGCUGUUUUACAUUUGGUUUACCAAGUUGUGUGCCCAUCGUGUAUUUCGUAAAAAUGAAGCUAUCAGCGUCCAACGUGGAGUACUUCAUGCCAUCUCUCUUGGCCACAAUUCCUUACCAGCUAUGAACAGUCUGGCCCAGAAAAAAAGAACUUCUCUACCCAUAUAUGCCAGCUCAGCAUCAGUCUUCCAAACUGAGAUGGGAGGCCCCUCGCUGCAUAUUACCUCCCACCCAGCAGUAACCAACAAGGUGUCAGCCUGGCUGCAGCAGACAAAUGACAUUGAUGCAACUUCCAAUGACUUGACUCGUUGUCAGACAGACCUGACAGAACUGGCCAGUCACAUUCAACGACUCCAUUGGCUGGAAGGAGGCUUCCCAAUCAGUGACACUGACCUGGAGAUGCGCAUCAGCAUGCAGAAUCUUUUCUUGGAGAAACCUAAGAAGAAGCCUGGAAAAAUGUAUGGUCACUCCAGGACCUUGUCCCGUGUGGAAGCUAUGGGCGGAGUUUUCACAUCCAGCCACCUUAGUAACAAUUUCAGGUCUGUUCAGUCUAUCCCGGACUAUGUAUACUCGCAGCUGUCUAAUCCUCAAGUCACCUCACCAGAGGCUAAGAAACUCCAACAGGACAUCUGCUUACUUUCGCAGAAGGUUUUUACCACUCUCAAGUCUGUCCAUGAAGUUUUGACCUUGGAGAAAGAACGACUUAGACAGACCUGGACUGGCCCUGAUUUGAGUCAUAACGCCUCAGAGCAACUAGCUACUCUGUGCAGCACAAUGUCAGAGCUUGACAUACAGUCUCAUCUGAACAAAGUCCAUUCACUUUCCCUGUCCUCGGAAUCUACUGAGGAAUCCUUCUGCACUGUCCAAGCAGACCAGAGGACACCGUCUUUGGGUCAUAGUCAACGUGCACCAUCUGUGGCUGAUUCCAUGGCAGAAUAUUUUGAUGCCAGUGAAGUGAUCAUAUGCGAGACCUCUUCUGAAGCAGAUGGUUCAGAUGAGUCAAGUCUGAGUGAUCUCACCACCACAAGCACAUCAGAGCCUGAAGAAGGACAUGCCAGUGUCGCCCUCAAAUACCGAGCCAGCCUAAAGAGUGCGACUGACAAACCCACACCAGUGUCUGACACAGGUCGGCGCACUCGUAUCCCUGCCCCAGGAACAGACAACAGCCAUAUUGGCAUCAUGAACAUCCUGUAUAACAACAUUGGCAAGGAUCUUUCCAGGGUCUCUAUGCCUGUUGCACUCAAUGAACCUCUGUCUUUGCUGCAAAGAUUGUCAGAAGAGCUGGAGUACUCUGAGCUGCUUGACAUUGCUAAUCAUACUGAUGAUCCGUAUGAGAGAAUGGUAUAUAUUGCGGCGUUCUCUAUUUCUGGAUAUGCUUGGGCAUCCUGGAGGUAUCGAUACAAACCCUUUAACCCUGUUCUUGGAGAAACAUAUGAGAGUCACAGAGAAGACAGAGGCUUUUGCUAUAUCAGCGAGCAGGUUAGUCAUCAUCCACCCAUCUCUGCCUGCCAUGCAGAGUCUAAAAACUUCACCUUCUGGCAAGAUCAAAGAUGGAAGAACAAGUUUUGGGGGAAGUCUGUUGAGAUCCUCUCGAGUGGUCCUGUCAAUGUUACCUUACCCAGGUAUGGUGAUCACUAUGAGUGGAACAAGGCAGUAACUUGCAUUCACAAUGUGCUGAGUCAGCAACGCUGGUUGGAGCACUAUGGGGAGGUGAUCAUCAGAAACAAAGAGAGUGAUGUCUGCACCUGCAAGAUAACGUUUGUCAAGUCUCGGUACUGGACCUCCGAUAGCAGUAAAAAUGGAGUUCAGGGUGUGGUUUUGGACCGUGGUGGAGAGGUUGUCCAUCGUUUUGGAGGGUUCUGGCAUGAGGGGAUCUUCUGUGACACACUGCCGACUCCCAAGUGCAUCUGGAAGCCAAAUGUGCAGCCUGAUGAUCACUUCCAGUACUAUGGAUUCUCACGCUAUGCCAGGGAGCUAAAUGAACUUAAACCUGAACUGAAAGCUGUCCUUCCCCCAACAGACACACGUUUUAGACCAGACCAGAGGCUCUUAGAGGAGGGAAAGGUAGCGGAGGCAGAUAAAAAGAAAGAUGAGGUGGAGGAGAAACAGAGGGAGAGGAGGAAGGAGAUGGCCAAGCAAAGGAAGGAGCACAUCCCAAGAUUCUUCAGAAAAGAAAUCAAUGAGAUUGGUCGAGAGGUGUGGCUAUAUAAUGGAAACUACUGGAAUCUCCGUAAAGACCCAGGGUUUGCUCAUACUGAGAGUCUAGACCUGUGGUAGAACGAAGAUUUGGCUUAGUUCUCAGCUUUAUGAAAUUGAUGUUUCACAACUCUGUAAAAACAGCUUUACACCCACUUAAAGUAUCCAUUAAUAAUACUCAAGAACGCUACUACUGUCAGGAUGGAGAGGCUGCGGAAGUUUGAAAGCAUUAACAAUUUUUUUUUUUUUUAAAGACAUAAGGGAUGAAUUGCCAUCUGUAGAACAAAUGAAGACAUUUUUAAUGAAGUCUGUUUAAACUCCAUCUUGCCCACAUCCUUAAAUAAUCCUUAGAACACUGAAAUUUCUUUGAUUCCAAAGUUUGUUUCAUAACAUUUUUGUAUUUUAAGUCAAGCAAAAAAGUUUACAGUUUAAGUUUAAAUAAAUGUUUGAAUUAAAAAGUAUAGCCAAUAUUAUUUACCGGUAUCAAUCGGAAUCAAAUGAUUUAGCAGCAUUUUCUGUUCUGUCAAGUCCUAAAUACUAAAAUUGUAUUUACCGAUAUUUUAUUUUCAGGUUAAGUGUGUGGGACAUUUUACACAUGCACAUGGACUGUCUUAUUUUUCUUCCAGUGGGUCUUACUGGAUUUGUUAUAUACUUGUUGCACAUUUUAUUUUAACAUUGUCACAAAGGUCCCUUAUAAAACAUGCACUAUCCCUUGCUGUUCUCACUCUCUUCAAAGAUUAAUAUCCAAAUUGAUGAUUUGAAAUGUGAGAAUAUAAUUUCUUAGACCUUAUGACUUUCACUUGAUGUAUAUGCCAAAGAAUUACAUUUCAGUCAUAGCUUGUAAAGAAAAUACUGUUAAAUUCACUCAUUUUCUGACUCUGAACUUGCAAUAAAAUCUUUGAGCGAUUUUA